UUUCCUCCAACCCAAAAAUUCAUGAUUUCUGUAUUCAAACACAAGAUUUUGUUUUAUUAUUUCUCCGUAAUUAUUGCAAUUUCUUCCUGAGUUUUUCUUUUUUCUUUUCUUUUUUUUUUUUUUCUGGAAUUUCUGCUUCACCACUGGAGCUCGUUGCAGUGACUGCAAUGGCGGAAAGUCAAACUUGAUAAUUGAGUUCACCACAGUGCAAAACAGAGCCUCCUGUGUUCAUCGUGUAGCACUUCAAGAACUUGAGUAUUGAGUUUCUGGGUUUUGUUUUUAGGAACUGAUACCCAUUUCUGCUCCCAUUUUUCUUCAAAUUUCUGCUUUAUCUUUGCUGUUCUUCCACCUCCCACCUCCCACCUCGAACCCCAUCAUCCAUUUUAGGAAAUUUUUAGCUAAAAAAGUUAAAAAAUCCAAAAUUAUAGGGUUUUAAUCUUCUGGGUCGGUCCAGUUCACUUGUUUCUGCGAGCUGUAGCCAUGGAGGAGGAGAAAGAAGCCGGAGUUUCUAGGUUUACAGUUACCAACAAUGAAGCCCUAGACACCUUCCAGUUAGCUCCCAGAACAGAAACCCUAAAACCCACCAAUGAGCCUAAAGUAACGGCUACGACCACACCGGCGAGCAUCCCAACCACUGCACCACCACCGGGAUUCACGGCGGUUUCCACUACAGAUACAAAGAAGAAGAGAGGUCGGCCGAGAAAGUACGAGGCGGAUGGGAAGCGGUCACUGACAUUAGCGUUGUCUCCGAUGCCGAUAUCGUCGUCAAUUCCACUGACCGGCGAGUUCCCCAACUGGAAACGAGACAACGACAUGUCUCUAGCGAUAAUCAAGAAGCCACAGAGAUUUGAGUUUGAGAAUCCGGGUCAGAAACUUGCAUACUCUGUUGGUGCUAAUUUUACUCCCCAUGUUAUCACUGUCAAUGCUGGAGAGGACAUUACUAUGAAGAUCAUGUCUCUCUCUCAGCAAGAAUCCCGAGCUAUUUGCAUUCUUUCUGCAAAUGGCACAAUUUCAAAUGUCACACUUCGACAGGCCACUUCUUCCGGAGGUACCUUAACGUACGAGGGUUGUUUUGAAAUACUCGCAUUGACUGGAUCGUUUAUGCCGACACAGAAUGGAGCUACAAAGAGUAGAUGUGGUGGAAUGAGCGUUUCCCUAGCGGGUCAAGAUGGACAAGUGGUCGGCGGUGGACUUGCUGGGUUGUUGGUAGCUGCUGGUCCUGUUCAAGUUGUGGUAGGUAGUUUCCUUCCGGGUCACCAGCAAGAACAGAAGCCAAAGAAGCCUAGAAAUGAGGCCACAACCAUUUUCUUUCCUCCCAUCAAUACCAUCAGUGGUGAAGAAAUGAAGGCGGCAUACACCGGUGGUAUCAAGCCGCCUAUUGUCACCACACCGUCCAAUCAAGAACAUAAGCCACCAUCGCCAAGCGCAGUGACACCCUUCAAAAUCUCCUCCACUGACAACUUACCUCAAUCAGAACAAGAACCCAAAACUCAAAGUCAAUCAAACUGUGAGGUUUCUUGUUGAACCUUUUGCUUUGAAUUAGUUUUUCAUCAUUCUCCUCCAUAGAUUUCAUAGGUUCCUAACUCAGCUCAGCCCGUUUUCGACACCGAAAUAAGCUCUUUUGGGUGACUCGUGUUGGUUUAACGUAGUAUUGUGCUCUUGUCCAUUAGGUAAUAGGUUCCAUAGUGUCUUUUUACAGGCUUUAACAAAUGAAUUUCCACGGAUACCACCUGCUAGCUAAUAGGUCGAGUAACGUAAUAGUCUCGGAGUAGAUGAUGUGAGCUUAGAGACUCCUCUCUCGACUUUAGCAGUAACGGAAAACUUUUAGAUUUGUAAAAGAUUUGAGAAACAUUGUUUUCCACUUUCAUUCCCAUGUGCUUUCUGUAUCAGAA